AGGGGGUGGCCGAGGAGAACCGGGGGGCGCGGGCGGAGGGAGCCGGACCCUGCUGCCGGGGCAUGAGGAGCUAGCUGAGCGUCUCGAACGAGGCGGGCUGACGGCAGCACCAUGCAGGCGGCGGCGGCUGCGUCCGUGCCCUUCUUGCUGCUCUGCGCCCUGGGGACCUGCCCCCCGGCGCGCUGCGGUCGGGCAGGAGACGCCUCGUUGACGGAGCUGGAGAGGAGGAACGAAAACCGCUUCCUGGAGCGCCAGAGCAUCGUGCCACUCCGGCUCCUCUACCGCUCGGGCGGUGAAGACGAAACUGGACACGACGCGCUCGACACGCGGGUGCGGGGCCACCCCGGCGGCGGGCAGUUGACUCAUGUUGACCAGGCAAGCUUCCAGGUUGAUGCCUUUGGAACAUCCUUUAUUCUCGAUGUCGUGCUAAACCACGAUUUGCUGUCCUCUGAAUACGUAGAGAGACAUGUUGAACAUGGAGGGAAGACUGUGGAAGUUAAAGGAGGAGAACAUUGCUACUACCAGGGCCGUGUCCGAGGAAACCCUGCUUCAUUUGUUGCAUUGUCAACAUGCCAUGGACUUCAUGGAAUGUUCUAUGAUGGGAACCACACCUAUCUCAUUGAACCAGAAGAGAAUGACACCUCCCAAGAGGAUUUCCAUUUUCAUUCGGUUUACAAAUCCAGACUGUUUGAAUUUCCCUUGGAUGACCUUCCAUCUGAAUUUCAGCAAGUACACAUCACUCCACCAAAAUUUAUUUUGAAGCCAGCACCAAAAAGAAGUAAACGGCAGCUUCGUCGACAUCCUCGUAAUGUAGAGGAGGAGACCAAAUAUAUUGAACUGAUGAUUGUCAACGAUCAUCUCAUGUUUAAAAAACAUCGGCUUUCAGUUGUACAUACCAAUACAUAUGCAAAAUCGGUGGUGAACAUGGCGGAUUUGAUCUAUAAAGACCAACUGAAGACAAGGAUAGUAUUGGUUGCCAUGGAAACCUGGGCAGCUGACAACAAGUUUGCCAUAUCUGAAAAUCCAUUGAUCACCCUACGUGAGUUUAUGAAAUACAGGAGGGAUUUUAUCAAAGAGAAAAGUGAUGCAGUUCACCUUUUUUCGGGAAGUCAAUUUGAGAGUAGCCGGAGCGGGGCAGCUUAUAUUGGUGGGAUUUGCUCGUUGCUGAAAGGAGGAGGCGUGAAUGAAUUUGGGAAAACUGAUUUAAUGGCAGUUACACUUGCCCAGUCAUUAGCUCAUAAUAUUGGUAUUAUCUCAGACAAAAGAAAGUUAGCAAGUGGUGAGUGUAAAUGUGAGGACACGUGGUCUGGAUGCAUAAUGGGAGACACUGGGUAUUAUCUUCCUAAAAAAUUCACUCAAUGUAAUAUUGAAGAGUAUCAUGACUUUCUGAAUAGUGGGGGUGGUGCCUGCCUUUUCAACAAACCUUCCAAGCUGCUCGAUCCUCCUGAAUGUGGCAAUGGCUUCAUCGAAACUGGAGAGGAGUGUGACUGUGGGACCCCUGCAGAAUGUGUCCUUGAAGGAGCAGAGUGUUGUAAGAAAUGCACCUUGACUCAAGACUCUCAAUGCAGCGAUGGUCUUUGUUGUAAGAAAUGCAAGUUUCAGCCUAUGGGGACUGUGUGCCGAGAAGCAGUAAAUGAUUGCGAUAUUCGUGAAACGUGCUCAGGAAAUUCAAGCCAGUGUGCCCCAAAUAUUCAUAAAAUGGAUGGAUAUUCAUGUGAUGGUAUUCAGGGGAUUUGCUUUGGAGGAAGAUGUAAAACCAGGGAUAGACAAUGCAAAUACAUCUGGGGGCAAAAGGUGAUGGCAUCAGACAAAUACUGCUAUGAGAAACUGAACAUCGAAGGGACAGAGAAGGGUAACUGUGGAAAAGACAAAGAUACGUGGAUACAGUGCAACAAACGGGAUGUGCUUUGUGGUUACCUUUUGUGCACCAAUGUUGGUAACAUCCCAAGGCUUGGGGAACUUGACGGUGAAAUCACAUCUACUUUGGUUGUGCAGCAGGGAAGAACAUUAAACUGCAGUGGUGGGCAUGUGAAGCUUGAGGAAGAUGUAGAUCUUGGCUAUGUGGAAGAUGGGACACCUUGUGGUCCCCAAAUGAUGUGCUUAGAACACAGGUGUCUUCCUGUGGCUUCCUUCAACUUUAGUACUUGCUUAAGCAAUAAAGAAGGCACUGUUUGUUCAGGAAAUGGAGUUUGCAGUAAUGAGCUGAAGUGUGUGUGUAACAGACACUGGGUGGGUGCAGACUGCAGCACUUACUUCCCUCACAAUGAGGACUCCAAGACUGGCAUUACUCUGUCUGGCAAUGGUGUUGCUGGUACCAAUAUCAUAAUAGGCAUAAUCGCUGGCACUAUCUUGGUGCUGGCCCUCAUAUUAGGAAUAACUGCAUGGGGUUAUAAAAAUUAUCGAGAACAGAGACAGUUACCCCAGGGAGAUUAUGUAAAAAAGCCUGGAGAUGGUGACUCUUUUUAUAGCGACAUUCCUCCCGGAAUCAGCACAAACUCAGCAUCUAGUUCUAAGAAGAGGUCUGCUUUUCUGUCGCAUUUUCAGAUUUCUGCCUGUUCCAUCACACAUUAUUCCAUUAGUCAGAACAUUUCAUUAUUUUGCAGCAGGUCUAAUGGGCUUUCUCAUUCUUGGAGUGAAAGGAUCCCAGACACAAAACACAUUUCAGACAUCUGUGAAAAUGGACGACCUCGAAGUAACUCUUGGCAAGGUAACGUGGGAGGCAACAGAAAGAAAAUCAGAGGCAAAAGAUUUAGACCUCGGUCUAAUUCAACUGAGAGGGAGCCCCAAGCACCUGAGCCUGGGCACUCCCUCGCCCAGACAGUCCCAUCCCAAGGCAUAAGCCCAGGGGGCUCUGACAGCCCCCAGACAGGGAGUCUGGAUCACAGGUAUUUAAACCCAUGGUUCAAAAGAGACUAUAAUGUAGCUAAGUGGGUAGAAGAUGUGAAUAAAAACACUGAAGGACCAUACUUUAGCUCUCAAGAUGGCCAGCGUCAGGAAGACAGGACUCUAUCUCCUGCCAAGUCUCCUUCUUCAUCAACUGGGUCUAUUGCCUCCAGCAGAAAAUACCCAUACCCAAUGCCUCCACUUCCUGAUGAAGAGAAGAAAGUGAACCGACAAAGUGCCAGGAAACCCAGCCUCACGGAAUCACUGCAAAUCUAUCUGCUCUUCAGACAAUACAGACCCUCUGAGAUGCCACAGAGGAGAGGAAGCCGAGUCUCACGUCUGGAUACCAUUUUCUUUUUGUCAUUGGCUUAGGAUUUAACUGAACCAUGAAAAGAACUACUGAAAUGUUACACUAUAACAUGGAAAAAUAAAGGUACCGGUAUGUUAAUGGAUAAUCCGCAUGACAGAUACAUGUAGAAAUCUCACUAAAAUUAACUCAUGACCCAAAUGUAGCAAGUUUCCUAAGGGACAAUAGUGGAUUCAGAACUGACAUUCUGAAGCACAUCCUCAUUGUAGACAGUAAUGCUAUGUGCAUGAAGCUUCUGUUUAUUGCUUUCCACAUUUAAGGAAACAACAUCUCAUAAUAGAAACUAGCAUGCAGGGCUAAGGCAUAUAGGAUUUUUCUGCAGGACUUUAAAGCUUGAGAGGCCAAUAUCCCAUAUGCUUACUCGAAACAUGUAUCUUUAUUUUUGUUUUUUUACUUUUCAUAUUUAUAUCAGCAUACAAGAACAAUUGUACAUAUGUAAACAUUUUUAAAAUAAAAAAAGCAACUGUUACACACAAGUGUAUUUUGCCAAAUGCCUAAAAAUAAUCAGUAACAGGCACAUCGUCAUCAUCCAUCAAAUGGUCUUUAAAGAUGACAAACAGAUGAUGUUGUAAAUAUAGUGGUCAGUGCCCUAAGUGUCUCUCUCCGUAAUUGGUAUUUGUCCUCCAAAACCUGUGAUAUCCCUUUAAGCUGUGCACAGCCUGGAGGCAGUUUUCUUGAGUGAUUAAUCGAACCAGAGAAGAAAAUGCCCAGCAAAUCUGGGGCUUCCACAUUGGCUGGGGCAGGAGCUCAGUAGUGUAGCCAGUCUCUGGCCUCCAGGCACUCACUCUGAGGCUGAUGGCUGCUCCCUGGAAGUCCUCCAGCCAGUGUCUGCCUCGGCAACUGUUGUCUUUCAGUAUCAGAGCACGCCUAGUCUCACCCUGGAGGCCCGUGAGCCCCUCAGCAGCACGUCCUGCUGACCUUAAGCAAGUGUACCAAAGACACGUGAGACCGGGGCCCCUGAUACAUUGAUAGCUUCCGACUUGCCGACACUCUAACCCUUUGUGGCCUCAAUUUUUGUUCUUUGACAAAACUUUUUAGCUACCUUUAUCUGUAAGAUGAAUAGCUUGUUUUAAUAAAACCAACUUUUACACUGUUUAUCAAGGAUAUUUAUCAUCAGUAGGAUGUGAGUCCAACAGGUCAUUCCGCACUGAUGUGGAAGCAAGGUGAUGGAGGUUCUACCAACUGGGCGGGAAGCCUCAACAGGCCACAGAGGGUUAGAAGAAACCUAAAGCCCCAAGUGUGCGGCAACUGUGAAGUUACCCAAACAGCUGGCAGGGGAAAAGAUCUGAUGUUUUGAACUCUUUUUUUUUUUUUUUUUUUUUUAAUCCAUAGAAAAGUGAGAAAUCUAUGUUAAAGUCCCUUCUUUAAAACCAAAGUUGGAUAGCUGUUACAACGCAGCUCUGUCAUUCUAAAAGAAAACUUCCCCGGGAAAGACUACUCUAGUGAACUCCGAAAUUGAUGGGAUCAAUCCAAUGCUUUGAUGUGAAGAGUACUUCUGAAUUUCCUCAUUUUCUUUCCUUUUUCUUGAGAGGAAUGGAAUCUGCAGACAAGAUUUCAGAAAUAUUCUCCUAAAUUUGAUCUCUCCCAAUAGUGUCCAUGGUCAAAAUCCAUUUCAUCUUCACAUAUAGUCAUCUUAGGAUGCCCAAACUGCAGGGCCAUGUUAGAGGCAGUAUUUUAUAUUCUAUGGUUUUUGUCUUCUGUAACGGACCUCUCUUCUGAAAGUCUUUGAAAAUGUUUGACAAGAAAUUUAAUCACUCAAAACUAUAAAGUGUUUGUAAAUGGCAUUUUUCAUGACAGGAAGGGAUGUGAUUGUCGAUACUACAAUGAAAUGAUCCAUCAGAUUAAGAUUUGGGUGAGUGUUGGGUGACAAUGCCAUGUAGCUCAAAUGAAGGACAGGAGGGCAGACAGAUUUAAAGAUGUAGCAAAUAAAGUGGCUUUUGACCAAGAUCACUUUAAUGUGCACUGAAUAUUUUCUGGUAUUGAGUGUAUAAAAUGCUAAUGUUAUAAGAUUUAUUUUGACUAUAAAAGAGUUUAUAGAUUUGAAUGUAAGGUACCUUGUGUAAAUAUGCUUCCUAGUAAUGGUUACAUAAACCCUAAUUUGAAAGAAUUUACAAAUGGAGAGCUACUUGUCAACAGAUUCCCUCCCAUACACUUUCCUUACUUUCUCAAUUAUUUUUACAUGAAAAUUAUUAUUUCAAGUAAAAGUCAUUGUAACAUGUCUUUUGUAAGGGAUAGUUAUUUAUAGUCAGGCUCCUUGAUAAUAACCUUCAGGUGGAACUGAAUGAAAAGCAUUUGUUUUAUUUGCAGGAAGAUUAUGAUUUUAUGGUAGCUUUAAUGUUCUGUUCUGGGUAUCUGCCUAAGAAUGUUUGAACAUUCUUACAGCCAUUUGCAGAAUUCUGUGACAAGUUUAUAAUCUUAGUGGAUACUUUUGAGAAAUACCUAUACGGGUACUCAUGGUUGGUAUUUAGAUGUAUUAAAUCUAAAUAUUUAUGACUUUUCAUCCACUGAAACAGGAAAAUGGACCUAUGGCACUAAACACAAGCACAGCAUUAGAACUUUUUAAUAUAUUUUGGAGAGGAACUUUGAGGUCAUUAGAGCGGUUUGUAUCACGCAACUAAUAUUUAUAGCCCCCAGUCAAUUAUAGAACUCUGAUGCCAAACAGAGAAGAGUGGUUCAUUGGCCUUUCUGUUCCAUUGUAUGCCUUUUUCUUUUCUUUCUAAAGUUUUUUGCAUAGAUAAAACUUCAGAUUGACAACCGUGCUGCCUGCAAUGGUCCCUUUGUCCGUAGACAUUGCAGUAUAGCAAACUCUGACUUAAACAUUGAAAUCUCUUUAUUAAGAAUGAUAACAAGGGGGGGGUAAGAGGGAGCCCCUGAAGGAACUGAGGUCAGACUUACCAGUCUGUGUCCAGCCAACUCUUUCUUUAGUCAGGAAGUAGCGUCCUCCUCAGGAGUCCCUCAGCUGGAAAGUGAUCCCAGGUCACGUGCAGCCUGUGGAAAGGAACCCACUCAAACAGCACAGCAUAGUGAGGGCCUUCAGUUUACCUUAGUUGCUCUAUAGUUUAAAGAAACCCAGGGCUGUUCUUUAAAAAUUUUUGACUAAUAAAGUAAAUGUAGGGUUGGAAUGCCAAAAAUACUUGAGAUAGGUGCUUUAUUAAGUGAUACUAGUUUCUUUUUCCCCUGGCUUUAAAAAGGCUUUUAAAAUUGUCUUUACGUAUAAAGUCAGUCUGGUAUAGAUUUCUGUGCAUAAGAUAGAUAGGGUUUCUAAAAGAAGUUGCUGAUAAAAUUAGAUCUUUUGUGCACUUCCCAAAAAGGACUAUUUAUGUUUGAUUUUCAUCACAGCCUUACGUUUCUGUUGUUGUUGUUGUUGUUGUUGUUGUUGUUGAUUCCCUUGCAAAUUUGCAUAAUUUAAACUGUCAAUUGUCCCAGAUCUCUUUACCUUUUGCUUUUUUGGACUUUGUUCUUUACUUUUUAGUUACCUAUGGGGUGGAGGAGAGGCGGUAUUUCUAUGCCCUCCUUUACAAAAUCACGCGUGUUUAUUUCAUCCAUUCUUCAUUUCCUGUUGUCAUGUACUUCUACUUUAACUUAUAUAUUUAGUGUUUUAAUGUUUCCUCAUGUUAUUCAACAUAAUAAAUCCUUACCUAAAGAGAA